AUGGCGUUGGAAGCAAUGUUAAGGACUUUUGGUAGCGGCAGCAUCUCACAAAGUCCUAAGUCUCUUCAGUUUCAGAUAGCGUGGGAAGAGAUGAUUUCUUCACCCUGUUUACUGGAAGAUGCCAGCAUUGUGAUACAGGGUGGUUUCCUACUAGUUUUACUCCUCCAAUUCAUAUGUAGUGUUAUUAAAUCAUAUUUCAGAGGCAGGAAAAAAAUUAUCAGUGCUGAAAAAUAUGCAGUUGGAGCUAAAGUUGGCCUGAGUUACAAGCUGACCAUUAUUUGUUCCACUUUACUGUUUGGAACUCAUUUCCUUUUGCUGCUGAUGCUUCAAAGUGAUGGCGCCGCCGCACGGUGCAAGGUAAAGAUUCAGGCUUUUUCAUCAGAGAUUAUGCAUAUAGUUUGUUGGAUUCUUUCCCUGGUAUUGCUGUACAAAUCUUUAAGAGAUAAAGAAGUUAAGCUACCCUGGGUGCUGAGGUUCUGGUGGAUAUCCAGCUUCUUGCUGUCAUUUGCAUCUGCUGUUUUUGAUGGGAAGAAUAUAGUGAAUAAUCAUGAAAGCCUAAAACUGCGAGACAUUGCUGAUGUCCUGAAUCUUGUUGCUUCCACCUGCUUAUUAGUAUUCUCGAUUCGAGGAAAAACAGGCUUAGUUUUCGACAUGCCUAAUGGCAUUACUGCCCCACUGCUGAAUGGAAAGACUCAGAAAAAUGUUGAUGACAAACUAGAAUGUCCAUAUGGAAGAGCCACUCUUCUUCAAUUGGUAACCUUUUCAUGGCUCAAUCCUUUGUUUGAGGUUGGGUAUAAGAAGCCACUUGAUCAGGAAGAAGUUCCAGAUGUUGAUUUCCGGGACUCUGCCCAUACUCUUUCUCCUUCUUUUGAUGAAUGCCUGGAUCGUGUUAGGAGAAGAGAUGGAACUACAAAUCCAUCUAUCUAUAAGGCGAUUUAUUUUUUCGCGAGAAAGAAAGCUGCUAUCAACGCCCUUUUUGCAGUUAUAAGCGCAGUAUCAUCCUAUGUUGGUCCCUAUCUGAUUAAUGAUCUUGUGGAAUUUCUUAGUGAUAAAAGUUCCAGGAGCUUAGGGAGUGGUUAUCUACUAGCAUUAGCUUUUCUAAGUGCAAAGUUGGUUGAGACCAUAGCUCAGAGGCAGUGGAUAUUCGGGGCUCGCCAGUUAGGCCUCCGGUUAAGAGCUGCUCUGAUAUCACAUAUAUACCAAAAGGGCCUAGUCUUAUCAAGCACUUCGCGUCAAAGCCGGACAAGUGGAGAAAUCAUCAACAUUAUGAGUGUAGAUGUCCAAAGAAUAACAGAUUUCAUGUGGUACUUGAACAUCCUUUGGAUGUUGCCUAUACAAAUCUCUUUGGCUGUUUAUGUGCUACAUAACAAUCUGGGAUGGGGAUCAAUGGUGGCUUUAGCUGCAACUCUGACAGUGUUGUCUGGCAACAUUCCAUUAACUAACAUUCAAAAGAGAUUUCAGGCUAAGAUAAUGGAAGCGAAAGAUGAAAGAAUGAAAGCUACUUCAGAAGUUCUUCGCCACAUGAAGACCAUAAAGCUUCAAGCCUGGGACAGCUAUUAUUUACAGAAAUUAGUAAGUUUGAGGAAAAUUGAGUACGAUUGGCUGUGGAAGUUACUAAAGCUGCUAGCACUAACAGCUUUCAUAUUCUGGGGAUCUCCUGCUUUUAUUUCUGCAGUGACUUUCAUUGGAUGUGUGUUAUUAGGUAUUCCUCUAACUGCGGGGCGAGUUUUAUCUGCAUUGGCCACAUUCCGAAUGCUCCAAGACCCUAUAUUUAAUCUGCCCGAUUUAUUAUCUGUCAUUGCUCAAGGGAAAGUUUCUACGGAUAGAAUUGCUUCUUACCUUCAGGAAGAUGAGAUUAAGCCUGAUGCAGUGUCAUCGACUCCUAAAGACCAGUCGGAAUUUUCAAUUCAUAUAGAUAAUGGAAAAUUUAGUUGGGAUAAUGAUCCAAGAACUGUAACACUUGAUGCAAUCAACUUGAAGGUGAAAAGAGGAAUGAAGGUAGCCAUUUGUGGGACUGUUGGAUCAGGAAAAUCCAGCUUGCUAUCAUGUAUCCUCGGAGAGAUGUCAAAACAGUCAGGAUUUGUGAGGAUCAGUGGUACAAAGGCAUAUGUUCCCCAAUCUCCAUGGAUAUUGACUGGAAACAUACGAGAAAAUAUUCUAUUUGGAAGUCCAUAUAACCGUGACAAGUAUCUCAGGACAGUUGAGGCAUGUGCCCUGACUAAAGACUUCGAGCUUUUUUCUGCUGGGGAUUUAACUGAGAUUGGAGAAAGAGGGAUAAACAUGAGUGGUGGCCAGAAGCAAAGGAUACAAAUUGCUCGCUCUGUCUAUCAAGAUUCUGAUAUUUAUCUCCUUGACGAUCCUUUUAGCGCCGUGGAUGCUCAUACAGGCACACAACUCUUCAAGGACUGUUUGAUGGGGAUCCUCAAGGACAAGACUAUAGUGUAUGUUACGCACCAAGUAGAAUUUCUUCCGGCUGCAGACCUCAUCUUGGUAAUGCAAAAUGGAAGCAUUGCACAAGCUGGUUCAUUUGAGGAACUUCUACAACACAAUGUUGGAUUUGAAGCGCUUGUUGGUGCUCACAACGAGGCUCUAGACUCAAUUCUAACAGUUGAGAGCUCAAGCAGGACGCUGGAUCAUGCGAUAAGCGAUGGUGAAUGCACUACCGAUCCCAGUUCAAAUGCAGAAUGUCCAGUCACAAAACAAGAGUCUGAGCACGACCUUGGUGUAGAAAUAACAGAAAAAGAUGGAAGGCUAGUGCAGGAGGAAGAAAGAGAGAAAGGAAGCAUUGGGAAAGAAGUUUAUUUAUCUUACUUGACCACAGUUAAAGGUGGUGCUUUAGUGCCGCUGAUUCUGUUAGCCCAGUCUUCAUUUCAAGUGUUGCAGGUGGCCAGCAAUUACUGGAUGGCAUGGGCUUGUCCAGCUGGGAGUGCUGAACCAGUAAAGGGGAUACAUUACGUUCUCUUAGUUUACGUUCUUCUUGCUGUUGGAAGUGCGCUUUGUGUCCUCAUUAGAGCAUCCCUGGUGGCUGUAACAGGCCUUCUGACCUCACAGAAGCUCUUUAAUAACAUGCUAUAUAGUAUAAUUCACGCUCCUAUGGCAUUCUUUGACUCGACUCCAACUGGAAGAAUUUUAAACAGGGCAUCAACAGACCAAAGUGUGCUAGAUUUGGAGAUGGCAAAUAAAUUAGGUUGGUGUGCAUUUUCCGUGAUUCUGUUGCUUGGAACCAUAACAGUGAUGUCACAGGUAGCUUGGGAAGUGUUUGUGAUCUUCAUUCCGGUUACAGCCAUCUGCAUUUGGUACCAGCGUUAUUAUAUUCCAACGGCAAGAGAACUGGCACGUUUAGCAGGGAUACAGAGAGCUCCAAUUCUCCAUCACUUUGCUGAAUCACUGGCCGGAGCAGCAACAAUUCGUGCUUUUGACCAGAAAGAUCGGUUUAUUUACUCGAACCUUUCUCUGAUUGACAACCACUCAAGGCCUUGGUUUCAUAAUGUAUCAGCAAUGGAGUGGCUUUCUUUCAGAUUGAAUCAGCUAUCCAAUUUUGUUUUUGGCUUCUCCCUAGUUCUGCUGGUGACUCUACCGGAGGGAAUUAUUGUUCCUAGCAUUGCAGGGUUGGCAGUAACUUACGGCAUCAACUUGAAUAGUCAACUUGCAUCAGUUAUAUGGAAUAUGUGCAAUGCAGAAAAUAAAAUGAUAUCAGUUGAAAGGAUUCUCCAGUAUUCUAGCAUUCCCAGUGAAGCACCUCUGGUCAUUGAUGACUCCAAACCACCAGAAAUUUGGCCAGAAACUGGAACAAUCCGGUUCACAAAUUUGAAGAUCCGGUAUGCUGAACAUCUACCAUCGGUGUUGAAGAACAUAACUUGCACAUUUCCAGGGAAGAAGAAAGUCGGUGUAGUUGGAAGGACAGGAAGUGGGAAAUCAACCCUGAUACAAGCCAUUUUCAGGAUUGUUGAGCCUACGGAAGGAAACAUUCUAAUUGAUGGAGUGGACAUUACGAAAAUUGGGCUUCACGACUUGAGAUCAAGGCUUAGCAUAAUACCCCAAGAUCCUACAUUGUUUGAAGGAACUGUAAGAGGAAACCUUGAUCCACUAGAACAACACUCUGACAAUGAGAUUUGGGAGGCGUUAGACAAAUGCCAACUAGGCGAAUUGGUGCGUGAGAAGCCAGAGAAGCUCGAAUCUAUGGUGGUUGAGAACGGCGAAAAUUGGAGUGUUGGACAAAGGCAGCUAUUUUGUCUAGGAAGAGCAUUGCUGAAGAAGAGCACAAUCCUUGUCCUGGAUGAAGCAACAGCAUCAGUUGAUUCUGCAACAGAUGGUACCAUUCAGAAGAUCAUCAGUCAAGAAUUCCAAGAUCGAACCGUUGUUACAAUAGCCCACAGAAUCCACACCGUUAUCGACAGUGAUCUUGUCUUGGUCCUCAGUGAUGGAAGGAUAGCGGAAUUCGACACCCCUGCAAAGCUACUGGAAAGAGAAGAUUCAUUCUUCUCAAGAUUGAUAAGAGAGUAUUCCCACAGAUCACAGAGUUUCAGUGGCUUUUCCAAGUCUCAAGGCUAA